AUGGCCACCCGCGAAGAGCCGCCCCGUUAUGACGCCGGCAACCGGACCCUCGACCAUUAUCAAUCCAAGCUGCCCUCGUGGCGCUACCGCCUGCGCUGCGCGCUGAUUCCUGUCGUGCGCUGGGAGACGCCCUAUCUGGCCUACAUGCAAGAUGCCCUGCGCACGCCCGCCCUGGACUCCUACUUUGCCUUUACGGCUAACCUGGGGACCCACACCUUCUUCAUGAUCAUGCUCCCCAUCCUCUUCUGGUGUGGCUACACCAACCUUGGAAAAGCAAUGGUCCACGUUCUAGCCUCAGGUGUUUUCUGGAGUGGCUUCGUCAAGGAUAUGCUCUGCCUUCCGCGCCCGCUCUCCCCGCCGCUGCAACGCAUUACCAUGUCCGGUUCCGCGGCCCUGGAGUACGGUUUCCCCUCCACCCACUCGACCAAUGCCGUCUCCGUGGCCGUGUAUGCCAUUCACAUGCUGCGUUCGAGUGGAGAGACGUCCGACUCCACUGCUCACGCGGCCAUGCAGGCCGCGCUUUACUUCUAUGCUGCCUCGAUUGUGUUUGGCCGCCUUUACUGCGGCAUGCAUGGCUUCCUUGAUGUCAUUAUAGGCACCCUCUUGGGAGCCCUGCUUGCCGCCGUGGAAAUCCUCUUUGGCAAUUCCUUUGAUCACUGGGUUUGCCAGGACAGCUUCUCCGCCCCGCUGAUCGUCACACUCGUGAUUCUUGUUCUCGUCCGCAUCCACCCGGAGCCUGCAGAUGACUGCCCGUGUUUUGACGACAGUGUGUGCUUCGCCGGCGUCGUCAUUGGUUGCGAGAUCGGAGUGUGGCAUUUCUCAAAGACUCGUUUUGCUUACGAUGACCCGGUUCCCGGAACCGUCGCGUUCAGUCUGCACCAAUUAGGGUGGCUCAAGGCCGUUCUCCGCAUUGUCCUUGGCGUCUUCAUCAUCUUCGCCUGGAGAGCAACCAUGAAACCGCUAUUGCUAAGAUUUCUCCCGCCUCUGUUCAGGAUUCUGGAGCGUCUCAGGAUGAAUCUCCCGCGCAAAUUCUUCCUGCAGGCAUCUCAAUACUCGAGCAUUGCUAACUUACGCGACGACGACCAUGUCAUUCCCUCUGCAUCUGAGAUCCCUGCUAAGCUGAACUAUCUCCGCCAUCCUCGCAAGCGCACCGUCUCCAUCGGUCCCCAGUCCAUGGCCGAUGCCUACGAGACUCUUGCAUAUCGCCAUCAGCGAAGGCGAGAGAGUCUCAAUUCUCAAGAAGGCGAGCGUCCCAAGAGUCCGCUGAGGGCCAAAGACGAGAGCUAUCUCGUAGCCGAACCUAAAGAUGCUGCUACAUCCACCUCGUCAAGCACACUCGGUACUCCUGCUGGUGCCAACCUUCUGCCGCCAACGCCAAUUUCCUCUCGAGUGCAUUCCUAUGAGCAGAUGAUGGGCGCUGGAAGCCCACCUGAAACUGCUGCUACAAGCCCUAUCACCCCUGCCGAAAGUGAUCCCGGUUUGGGAUCUCCGCCGGAUCAGUUGUUGGACAUGAUGCAGGAGGUGGAGGAGAAUGAGGACAGGGAGAUCUUUUCAAAGCUAGAGAGGCCGCGAGUGCGGUAUGAUGUUGAGGUCGUGACGAAGCUCAUUGUUUAUUCCGGAAUCGCAUGGCUCGCGGUUGAAGGCAACCCACUACUUUUCGAGUAUUGUGGACUCGGAAUGAGAUAG